UAUAGAUAGAUACAUAAACAACCAGUUCUGGUUUUAUUAGGGUUUUGAUUUAGUUGCCUAUAUAAGUCACAAGGCAAGCGGUAGCAGAAGGUAAGAUCGAAAGGCGUCCGCUUGAGAGAUCAGAAUUUGUUGACGGAAUGGCUUCCCACUUUAAAAGGUGCCGCUGGAAUAAUGCGCAGAGAUCGUCGUCGGCGGACCAAAUCUCUGUCGCCGUCGCUGCUUCUGAAAUCAUCGGCUGCAACGCCGACCUGGUUGUGGAGAUCCUUCGGCGUCUGCCGCCGAAAUCCGUCCUUCGAUUCAAGUCAGUUUCUAAAGCAUGGCUCUCUCUCAUCUCCAGUGGUCGCUUCUGUCUCCUCCACUGGCAACAGCAGCAUCCACAAUCUCAUGAUCCCAAAAUCGCCGGCCUUUUCUUAACCGGUAAAUACGGAUCUGAAUUCAUCAAAUACAUUCCUCUCAUUCACUCUGAAUUGAAGAAUGGAUGUAAUAGUUCUACUAUUACUAUUAAUGCCGAAGAUGUAAACCAGUCACUCAGUGCUCACUUUCCUGACAUUACUAGUACUGUCAUAGAAGACUCUCGUAAUGGUUUUGUACUCCUCUACUUAGUUCAAAAGCAUCAGAAUAGGAUGUCGUACCAUGUCUACAAUCCCACUACAAAGAAAUUACGCACUCUUCCCGGGCUCUUUUAUCUUUCUGACUCUUUAUAUAUGAUUUUUGAUCCUUUGAAAUCACCUCACUACAAAGUUGUUUUACUUAAAACUAUACUAAAUUGUGGUGCCUACUCGUGUUAUGUACAUAUUUAUUCCUCACAAACCCAUGCCUGGCGGGCGGCACAACCCAAUAUUGGUGAUCAUCAUCCUUUUAGGGCACCAUUAAGUGUGCAUUUCGGUGAUGGAGUCUAUUGCAAUGGUUCCAUCCAUUGGAUUUCCUUCUCCCAACUAUCACAACAACCUUCCCUAUACUUUGAUGUUGAUCAAGAAAGAUUCUGCCCAAUGCCAUCUGCACCAUUUCAGCCUGUUACUGUUCAACGCUGGUAUUUUGGAGAGUCCAGAGGUCAUUUGCAUCUUAUUGAAUAUUGUGAUGGUACUGGAUUUAAUGCCAACAUCUUUGAGAUGGAAAGCGACUACUCCAAGUGGUCAUUGAAGUACCGGGUUAGGCUUAACUCCAUGAUGAAUGAUCUAAUUGCAUCAAAACCGGAGAUGGUUGUCCACCCUGAGACACUCACUGUGCUUGGUUUAAUUCAUGGAGAAGAUGACGGGGAUGUGUUUUUGGUGAUAUUUGUAGACCCAACUAUGAUCAUCUCCUACAACAUUAAGGAUAACACCUUUAAGAAGCUAGAUGAUGUAGCGAGCCUUCCUGUUUCUUCUCCUCCUAGGCCUUCGUGGCGUGUCCAACGAAACAUUGAGAACAUCUUUCCUAUUUGAGAAUCACAUGGUUUGGGAUGGUUGGUCACUGUUUCAGUAUUUUAUGUCCAUCAAUUUCACUCUAUGGUUGUUUGUCACCGGUUAAUUUAGUACGCUACCUUGUUUUGUGGUACUCAAUGACCACUUGUGUUAUGACUAUUUCAAUUUAUUGUAGUUUCAUUUUCUAUCAUAUUAUAUAUGAAAUUGAUUGAUUUAUCGA